AAAAUAGUUAUUGUCAGUUUACUUUGUACAUUUUUGCCCACCUGAUGAGUGAUAUGGCCUGAUUCUUGAGGCAUAAGAUCUAAUCUUGUUUCUGUUUAGUCACUAACACCUAAUAAAUAUUUUUGUUGGAUGGCAGUGAGGGCGCUGAAUGCCAUAUUUCAGAAAUUUGGUAUUUCUUCCGACCCUGCCUGGAAUAUUACUGGUGAUCCAUGCACCGGAAGCGCCAUCGAUUCUACAAAGGUAGACAGCACCAACAUCAAUCCGGCUAUUAAGUGUGACUGUACGUUUGAUAGCGGGACCACAUGCCACUUGAAGGAAUUGAAAAUGUAUGAGUUGAACAUAAAUGGGCAAAUUCCAGAGGAAUUAUUGAAUCUGACUUUCGUCUAUAAUCUAACAUUUGUAAGGAAUGAGCUACUGAGAUGGACCCUAUCAUGUAGAUGCACGGGACAAAAUUGAGAUGGUCUACUCAUCUAAUUGACUGAGGUGGUUAUCAGGCAGCCCACAUAAUGACCAGUUAGGCCUCUUUUGGGCCAGGUUAUUUGCAUGCUGAGGCCUGUCUGAUAUGUGCCUUUCGUCUGUCACUUGUGUGCAAUAUUGGCACAUGUGAGCAACAUGGACCAGGAAAGCACCUCUGCCAGUGCACUUAGCAGGUCUCCCCCUAUAACUCAGAAGGUCUACCAAGGUAUUGGGCAGUCCAAACCGAGCACUUGACAGGCCACCUCACGGCUGGGACAGUCCUAAGAGAUCAUAGUCCUUGGGUGUUUUUAAGCAUGAUAUGAAUCUAUCUAAUCAUUUUCUUUUUCUUCUUCUUCUUCUUCUUCUUCUUCUUCUUUUUUUUUUGCUUUUUUCUUUUUUGGUUGGAGCUGUUGCUCAAGGAUUUUCUCAACUGUCCAAAAUUAGUGAUUGACUGGAUGGUAAUGACUAAUGAGUUUCCAAUUGGUGCAUUGUUUGGCUAUAGCUUAUCUUAGAGGUGGCCCACAAUUGGAUGGUUAGAUUCAUCACCAUAUCAACUGAUCCAAUCACACCAUACAAAAAAUAGACAACCAUCCAAACAUUUCUAAACCCAUGUGCUGGCUUGGAUUGGACUGAUUUUUGGGGCGUCCCAUAUUCAUGGUGGGCGACCCUGCUAGAUGGAUUGGACGCUGUUAACACACCACAGUGCACCCCACAGCAGCUAGUAACACAAAAUUCUCAUCUACAACUAGUUACUAAAGCAUCUU